AUGCUGCUACUAGACACGACUUCCGCCGCUGCCCCUACGGCUAUUCCCGUGAAGAAUGCGUUAUUCCAGGAAGUGCAGCACGCUAAGUUCGAGCACCCGGAGCUGCUGAGCACCUUCCCACCUACGACGUACGACCCGAUCCCGGUUGUCCCGUACGAGGACCGCGCACUCAAGGCCGACCCGACGUUCAAGAACCUGCUGGCCGACGCAACGGUGACGCACCUGGAGCCGAAGAUCGGCACGGAGGUCUCGGGCCUGCAGCUACACGAGCUGACGGACGCUCAGAAGGACGAGCUGGCGCUGCUCAUCGCCCAUCGCGGCGUGGUAUUCUUUCGCGACCAGAAAAUCACGGCCGAGCAGCAAUUGGAGCUUGGGCGGUACUACGGCGCUCACGCGUACGACCGCCUCACCCCCGCGUUCAAGAAGUUUCUCGAGGGCCUCGUCGCGGUUCACAGCGGAAAGAGCCAAGCUGAACAUGCCAUCGAAGCUGGGCGCAUCGUUCGCCGCCCAGUGGUUGAGUUCGAGCACCCUGUUGUCCGUACGCGCCCCGUAACAAAGCGCAAAGCACUCUUCGUAAACGCCGCGUUCACGAAGCGCAUCAAUAACCUGUCUGCAGCUGAAUCGGAUGCGGUGCUGCGAUUUCUCUACAAGCACAUCACCGAAGGACACGAGUUUCAAGUCCGCUACCACUGGACCAAGGACGCAGUGGCGAUCUGGAACAACCGCUCGACCUUCCACUACGCCACGUUUGACUUCUUGCCGGGAAACCGCCACGCGGUUCGUGUGACGCCGCACGGCGAGAUCCGGUACUAUGACCCGCAUGCCAUCGAUCCGUAG